GCUUUAACAUAUUACUGCACCAACUGCUGAAUCAAUGCGUCAAUAAGAACUGCCUGGUUUGUGAAAGAGUUUUUAAUGUUUGCUUGAGUUGAAGGUCACCUAUAGUUAACAAUUAAUAAGUGCUUGUGUAUUUUUGGAAGACUUCAAGAUAGAACAUCUUACAAACGCAAUCUGAAUGUUUUAUAUGCAACAAAUAAGCUUUCUCUAAGGUGGGUAAGAGAUGGAGCCCAAUGAAGCAACUGUACAGUACAACCGAUGGAAUGAAGACAACAUUAACAUGAACGUAGCUGCUUCUCAGACUAGCCUGAAUGGGGUCUAUAACAAACUGUGCACGGGGCAGCUGGGCGUGGUUAUGAGAGUGGCAGGCUCGCUGGCUGUAAUGGCUUCCAUGUACAUCCUCGGCUACGUCACCGGAUACUACGUCCAUAAAUGCUGACACCGUCGAAGACAUUUCACUGUUGUGGCCAACAACAUAUGAUGAAUAAAUUAACUGUGAAGUGAUUUAUAUAUGCAUUCAUUCUCGAAGAAACACAUUUUACUUGAAGUUCCAGUUUUUACCAGUGUUAUAAAAAUGUUAAUGAGUGCUUUUUUCAUCUAUGAUUUUAUUUGCUCCAUUAGAGUUUGUAGAAUGUAUGCUUUGUCAAUUUUGAAUAGAACAUUUCUCAUUAAAUUACCUGUUUAUUACUUUAAUUUUGCUUAGACCUGAAAAGAAUACAGAAAUAGAGUAAUGUCACUAAAUGAAAGCUCUUUUAUAUGUUAGGUCAGUGAAAAAUUAAACAGGAAAGGCCAUGCAGUUAUAGCGAGAUAAUUGAUGACUGGGUGAUGUAAAGCAGAGCAA